AUGGAAGACUUUAAGAGUUCUGAUUCUACAAAUUGCAGUCAGAAAAUUGGGCAUGAUUGAGAGUUGAUUUCAUCUGAUUCUUUAAAGCUAGAAAAUCUACCACAUUGCAGCCUGCGUACUUCAGAACCUUCAAUUGACUCAGAGAUUAUCUUUGCUAAGCCAAAUGAAAUUCCAAGAUGAGAGAUGAUUCUUUGACUCACCAAAGAAAAAGAAGAUUACCAAAAAGAGAUGAAAAAAAUUCUAGACUGUAGCUUUAGAGACUCCAAAAAUAUUUUUCAAAUUAAUUGUAGAAUUGAAAAAAUUGAAAAAAUGAUAAGCAAAUUAAUCAAUUCACAGAAAAUUUCUGAAUGCGAAAAUAAUAUGGGAUUGCAGUCUUUAUUUCAUGAUCCUCAAAACGCCUUAUCCCUUCUUUAAAUUGGAACAAAAUAUUGUAAAAUUUCCAUUUUUGGUAAAUUAACCCCUUUAAAUUCGAACAAAUUUUUUCUUCGAUAGGAAAUUUUAUAGAUGAAAAAUACUAUUUAAACCUUAUUUAAUGAAAAAGUAAAUGUAGAAUAUAUUUAAAAGCUUUCACAUUAAAUAGAUUAAUUUUUGAAAAUAUAAAUUUGGAAUUUUUAAAUAGUUUUAUAGAAAAAAUUCAACCCGUUUCAUUGGAUCAGGAUUUUUUAUUCUAAUUAAAAAGAAGUUAGAAAAUUUAAAAAAUUUAUUUCCAAAAAUAGAUUGUAAUAAAACGACCAGCUCCUGCACGGAGAUAAAUAAAGAUAUGGAGAGGUUAAUCUAA